AUGGCUGAAUCGUAUAAGCAGGAAACAGAAACUAUAUCUAAAGAGGACAGAGAAGAAGUAGAAGACGCUUUUAAAAAGGGAGGUGUUGCAGGAUUACAAAAUUUACUUAUGUCAAAACGUGAAGAAUGGAAAACCAUACCUGUAAAUAUUGCUAUUACCGGUGAGUCUGGAGUUGGGAAAUCCACCUUGAUAAAUACCCUUAGAAACCUGACUGCAGAUCACAAAGAAGGUGCAAAUGCCAAUGUUAAGGAAGCAACAAAGAAAGUAAAUCGAUAUGAACACCCAGAUAAUAAAAAUAUAGUUUUCUGGGAUCUCCCGGGAGUCGGAACGCCGAAGUUUCCUAAAGACGAAUAUUUGGAAACUGUUGCAUUCGACCGGUAUGACUUUUUCUUAGUUUUGGUAGUCGGAAGAUGCCGGGAAGCAGACAUGUGGCUUUGUGGUGAAGUAAAAAAACGCGGCAAGAAAUUUUACUACGUGCGCACUCAAAUGCAUCUCGAGGUGUUGAAAGACAGUUUGAGCCAUCCUCGCACACACGACAAGAAAAAGGUUAUUCAGACAAUUCGUGACGACUGUUUUGAAAACUUAGAAAAAGCAAAACUUCCUUCUGAUAGGAUUUUCCUAAUUGACAGUUAUGAAGUCCAUGAUACUGACUUUGAUUUCGAUCAGUUGUCAACAUUAAUUAUUGAUGAAUUACCAAAUGAAAAGAGAGAGGCGUUGACGGUUUCAAUGACAGUUUUGACGAGAGGAAUUAUUGAACGGAAGAAGGACAUACUUCAGUCAAGGAUUUACAAAGUAGCUGCAUUGUCAGCAGUUGGAGGAGCCGUUCCUAUUCCUGGGGUCAAUGCUAUGUUUGAUGCAGCUUUAGUAAAAGCCGAAAUUGAGGAAUAUCGGAAACAGUUUGGAUUCACUUCAAACACACAUAUUGGUCAAUCCCGUUGUGGAUUCAUCCAGAGUUUUGCCUUUGAUACUAGUCCCGCAAGUUUAGCACAUUACAUUGCAAAUUUUGCAACGGAUGAGGAGAAUGUCAGUAAGAUGAAGUUAUCUAUUGGAAUCCGAAUAAUUGGGAGCAUCGCCGGGGCUGCUGUUUCGUAUGGAAAAACUGUACUUGUGCUCCGUAGGAUUUUAGAUAUGUUCGCAGAGGAUGUAUACAAAGUAAGCGAGGAAAUAGUCAAUACAUUCGCGCCGUCCAUGUAA